AUGUCUCCCCCGGCGGCGGCGGUAGUGGUCUCCGGCGAGGUGGCGGCAGCUCCCCAAGUGGCCCUGCUACCGAGCGCCGGCAUGGGCCACCUCACCCCGUUCAUCCGCCUCGCCGCCGAGUUGGCCUUGCGCGGCUGCGGCGUCACCUUCAUCACGCCCACGCCGCUGGUCUCUGCCGCCGAGGCCCGUCAUGUCGCUGAGUUAAUCGCCUCCUCCGCCGGCAUACGGCCGCUGGAGUUCCCCCUCCUCCCCUUCGACUCCUCCACCGCGGCCUCCACCGACCCCUUCUUCCUCCAGUUCGAGGCCAUCCGCCGCUCCGCCUCCCUCCUCGGCCCAAUCCUCUCCUCCGCCGCUCCUAGACUGUCAGCCCUCGUCUGCGACGUCACCCUCAUCUCCGCCGUGCUCCCCGUCGCCGCCGCCAUCCCCCUUCCAACCUACGUCCUCUUCACCUCCUCCGCCCAGAUGCUCUCCCUAUGCGUCUCCUUCCCGCAAAUCUCCGCCGCCUCCCUGCCGGCGAUCUUGAAGAUCCCCGGGCUCGCGGAGGAUCUCCCCCUGCGCUCCAUCCCCCAGCCGCUCCGUGACCCGGGGAAUCUCUUCACGACCCAGUUCGUAGAGAAUGGGAAGGUGAUGGUCCAUGCAGAUGGUAUCGUCAUCAACACCUGGGAGGCCCUCGAGCCGGCCACUCUGGCGGCGCUCAACACCGGCAAGGUAGUCCCCGGCCUCCCGCCGGUGGUCGCCAUCGGCCCGAUCCUCCCGGAGCACUCCCAAUCCAACUCCGCCGGGGGCGGCGGCGACGACUCGCUCGCGUGGCUCGACGGCCAGCCGACUGGCUCCGUCGUCUACGUGAGCUUCGGCAGCCGCACGGCGCUGUCGCCGGAGCAGACGCGGGAGAUGGCCGGGGGCCUAGAGAGCAGCGGCUGCCGGUUCCUGUGGGUCGUGAAGACGAAGAAACUCGACAAGGAGGAGCAGGAGGAGCAAGAGGAGCAGGCCAUGGAGGAGCUGUUCGGAGAUGGGUUCCUCCGGCGGGUGGAGGGGAGGGGGAGGGUGGUGAAGGGGUGGGUAGACCAGGGGGCCAUCCUCGCCCACCCCGCCGUGGGGGGAUUCGUCAGCCACUGCGGGUGGAACUCGGUGACGGAGGCGGCGCUGCGGGGGAUACGGGUGCUGGCCUGGCCGCAGCACGGCGACCAACGGAUGAACGCCGGCGUGAUGGAGAAGAGCGGCCUAGGGGAGUGGCCCAAGGAGUGGAGCUGGCAAGGGGAAGGGGUGCUGGUUCAAGGGGAGGAGAUCGGCCGGCGGCUCAGGGGGCUCAUGGCGAGCGCAGCCGUCGCGGCGGCGGCAGCGAAGGUGAAGGAGGAAACCGUUAGAUCGAUGAUCGCCGGGGGUAGCUCGUACUCAGGACUGGCGAACCUCAUUGCAAGGUUUGCGGACAGUAGACCCACAUGA